AAGUCGAAUUAUCACUGGACGGCGGUGUAUGGACGGAAGCCAUAGCUCGAAUGGACACGCAGAUCACGAUCAAUGCAUAGCAUAUUUUUAUUUUUAAUGGGGCAAUCGUCAAAUCCCAUGCGUCCAAUCUAUUCUCUCUCUCUCUUUUCUUUUCUCCAUUUUUUAUGUAUACCCUUUUUUCCCCUUUUUCCCCUUUUUCCCCUUUUUCCCCUUUUUCCCCCUUUUCCCCUUUUCCCCCUAUUCCCCCUUUUUUCCUUCUUCCUUCCCUCCUCCAGCAUUCCAGCCCGAGAUGGCUAGUCUUGAAACUACACCAGCCUCCUUUAUACGAGACUCACACGAUCAAUCGGUACCGAUUAAAUUGGUUCCCCCAUUGCGAAGGCCGGUUCAAAAGACAUCAUCUACAGUAUACUAACGCUUCCGUAAAAUGAGACACGCGCGAAGACCAGAUGCAGCGGAUGGAAAAGCGAGCUGGUCAUGCCGUUGAACUGCAAACGCCAUUUGAGGUCCAGGUUCAAAAAAGUGAC